CUGGAUGAGUGCAGCAUGAGAGUCCCAAGGAAAGCCUAGGGAAAGCUUUAAAAGAGGGAAUUCUUUUCUAUUAUUUUGUAUUAUAUAAAUAGGCUGGCUGUGUGGUAUUCACAGGAACAUAUUCAGUGUUGGGGGAAGACAAGAGCAACCCUGUGAAUCAGGACAAAAACCUGCUGGACUCCCAACCUGUUGUCCUUCCGUGAUGAGACUCUACGGACUGUUUUUGGCAUCUAUGGCUACUUCCAUGGCAAAGGCUGAACACCCGUCCUCACCACCUGUGGUGGACACCAAGUAUGGCAAAGUGUUGGGGAAGUAUGAAAGUCUGGAAGGAUUUGCACAGCCCAUGGCUCUCUUCCUGGGUAUCCCUUUUGCCAAACCUCCUCUUGGAUCCUUGCGAUUUGCUCCUCCACAGUCUCCAGAGCCAUGGAACUAUGUGAAGAACACCACAUCUUUCCCUCCUUUUUGCUCCCAAGUUCCAUUAGUAACACAAAUGGCACAUUCUGAUGGGAUUGUUUCUGAAGACUGUCUGUACCUGAAUAUUUACACUCCUGUUGACUCAACAAGGAAAAGUAGCCUCCCGGUGAUGGUGUGGAUCCAUGGAGGUGGCCUGCUGGUUGGUGGAGCAUCACCCUAUGACGGGCUGAUACUCUCUGCCAAUGAGAAUGUGGUGGUUGUGAGCAUUCAGUACCGUCUGGGAAUCUGGGGAUUCUUCAGCACAGGGGAUGAACACAGCCGGGGAAACUGGGGUCACUUGGAUCAGCUGGCUGCAUUGCAUUGGGUGCAAGACAACAUCGUCAACUUUGGAGGCAACCCAGACUCUGUGACCAUCUUUGGAGAGUCAGCAGGAGCUGAAAGUGUCUCUGUUCUUGUGCUAUCUCCCCUGGCCAAGAACCUCUUUCACAGGGCCAUUUCUCAGAGUGGUGUGAUCCUCAGUCCUUGUUUGUUAAGCAAGGAUGUCAAGCCUCUUGCUAAGAAAAUUGCCAUUGCUGCUGGGUGUAAGACCACUUCCUCAGCUGUCAUGGUUCACUGCCUGCGCCAGAAGACAGAGGAAGAACUCUUGGAAGCCACACAGAACUUGAAACUUGUUCGUGUGGAUUUAUUUGGAGAUCCCAGAGAGAACUAUCCUUUUUUGCCCACUGUUGUUGAUGGUGAGCUGCUGCCCAAGGGACCUGAAGAGGUUCUGACUGAAAAGAAUUUCAACACUGUUCCCUAUAUAGUAGGAUUCAACAAGCAAGAGUUUGGCUGGAUCAUGCCAAUGGUGAUGGGAAACCCAAUCCCUGAAGGCAAGCUGGACCAGGAGACGGCCACAUCGCUCCUGUGGAAGUUGUAUCCCUUUGCUAAUGUUCCUGAGGAACUGACACCAGUGGCCACUGAGAAGUAUUUGGGAGGGACAGAUGACCUUGCCCAAAAGAGAGAGCUGUUCUUGGACUUAAUAGGAGAUUUGAUGUUUGGUGUCCCAUCUGUGAUUCUUGCCCGUGGCCAUAGAGAUGCUGGAGCCCCCACCUACAUGUAUGAGUUCCAAUAUCGACCAAGCUUUUCAUCAGACUUGAAACCCAAGACUGUGAUAGGAGACCAUGGAGAUGAAGUCUACUCAGUGCUUGGGGCUCCACUUGUAAAAGAGGGUGCCUCAGAAGAAGAGAUCAACCUCAGCAAGAUGGUGAUGAAAUUCUGGGCCAACUUUGCUCGGACUGGGAACCCCAAUGGGGAGGGUCUGCCUUACUGGCCAGAGUAUGACCAAAAGGAAGGAUACCUGCAGAUUGGUGCCACCACCCAGGCUGCCCACAAACUGAAAGACAAAGAAGUGGCUUUCUACACUGAGGUUCUAGCCAACAAAACAUUGGUGAAUCCACACCAGCAAGAACACAUAGAACUUUGAAGUUAUGAUGCUGAUAAUUUCAGGAUCCUGAGACAGUUAACACAAUUUUAUUCUGUGGCAGAUGUUUGUAAGCUAAGCUUGCAUAAGUUUGUGGUUGGUGAAGAAUUGUUUUCUAUAUGAUAGGCAGAGCCCAGGAAUGGGUAACAUUUUUGCAAUGGCCUGAAUUUGAAGAUAAAUAUUAGUUUUGACAAUAAAAUCAAUUCUUUGUGUUGAGCUGAACUUGAAUCAGUCAUCCUCAUAUAGAGCAAAGUAAUGAGAGGCACCAUGGGGAGUAGACAUUUUUGCCAUGGUCACUUGGUGAAUGUCUACCCUGAAAUCCAAAGGAAGGUCAGUCACUGGAGGAGAUACAAGUUGUGAGCCCUGUGCAGCUUCCUCCUACAAGCGCUUGAUGUAAAUAUUCUUAAAAUGUUUAUGAAAGUGACAAAUGCCAAGUAGAGACUAGUAUGAAAACCAAAAUCCUUGGGAACCACAAUGCAAAAUGUAAAUUUAUUACCAUCACAAGCUUUUCUCCAUGGACAUCUGUCAAGUGAAAGUGAGAGUUUGGAGAAUGUUAUUAAGAUUGGAGAAAUCUUAUGUAUAAUGUGCAGGCAUAGAAUUCUGCUCAUUUUCUACUAAGCAACCAAAUUGUAAAAUAAACACGCAAGUAGCAGUCAAAGCUGUUUGCCUAGUCAAAGCUGUGAAAACAAGAGAAGAGAAAAGGAAAGAAAGGAAGAGAAAAAGGAAAAAUUUAAAAUUCUAUCCCUUCAGUUUUGAUACAGAUUUCAGUAUCAAGAUUCUUAAAGAUCCUUCACUCCUAGAGAAGGGCAGGUUGGUGGAGACAGGCAUCUCAUAAACCAUGGAACAGGUAUGUCCUCGAGGCUAGACCAACACUACAGACAGCAUUCCUCAGUAGAAGCAGACUCAUACCAAGUAACCUAAAUUUGCUUAUGUAAUGUUAAAACAUUACGUAGAGCAUUUAUGGAAAAUACUGUAAAAUAUGUAACAUAGUAAUUUAAAUUACAGUGUUAUAAGAUUUAAAAUUUCUCAAUUGACAUUGCAUUGCUUUAAUAGGCAACAUGAUCAUUUGAAGUCAAGUAUUGUAUACCAAGUAUAAUCAUUAAAGAUUUUUUCAAAGAGAUCUGCAUAGUAACCAAAUAGGCAAAGGAAUAUUGAAUCUUUAAAAUCUUCACCAUCAAUGCAAGGAAAUAGGAAAAAAAACAAAGAAAAAACACAAAAAUAAAAAGAUUCUGUUGUAAAAAAAUGAUUAAACCCAUCAAUGAAAAAAGACUAUCAGAAUGAGUUUAAAAGACAAGGCCCAACAAUGUGCUGCAUCAUAGUCAGAUAUUUGUACUUAUUUUAUAGUUGUCUGAGGAAAACUUUUAACCUCAGAUCUCCUCUGACCUUUCCUGACCUUUGUCUAGAAAAACUUAUUAGAAAGCCGAGUGCUUCUCCCACUGGUGCAGGGGGAAGAUGCAAACCUCCCCAAUCUCACAGUGGUCCCUUCCUCAAACACCGCAGCACCCCAGUCAGUCUUUCCUUGCUCUCUGAAGCCACGUGGAUCAGUUCGGAAAGAGCUGUAACCCCCAUACCAAAGACUAUAAGAAUAAGAAUUGGGCGGAACAAAACUUUUUAUUUUUCUGGUAGGGAAGUAGUAUCACCAAUCUUGAUUUGAAAAGUAAACUUUGGAGAAAAUUCAGUAUAAAUAUAAGCAAAUAUGAUGAAUGUGUAUUUAAAAAGAUACACCCACAAAUACUAAGAAAAAAAGAAAAAACUUUGUGUCCCAAAUUAUUAAAACAAUGAAUGUUGAAAAAAUUUUUGGAGAAAUUAUUUAAAAUUAUAGUGAUCAAGUCACUCUCUAGUAAAACUGAAGUAAAAUCUUCUUAGAUGUUGAAAGAGACUAGUACAACUAGGUUUUUUAUAUUUUCAUUUCCACACUUUCUGAUGCACACACCAAGUCGCAACCGUCUGUGAUGUAUGUAUAUCCAAGUUGAUGGUUUGAUGAAAAAUAAAGUCUGGUUUAUUAU